AUGGAACAAAUGGAGGAAUUUCCACAGGAUCCCGACGUCAAAGGAGAAAAUGACGCUGUUGCCAUGAAAAAAGAGUUCAGACUAUUCAGUAGUAUAUGUAUAAUCGUGGGCUCAAUUGUUGGUUCUGGAAUCUUUAUAUCACCUAAGGGUGUGUUAUAUUACAGCGGCUCGGUAGGCACAGCGUUGAUUGUUUGGGCGGCGUGCGGCAUCAUCGCGUUACUCGGUGGACUUUGCUACGCAGAGCUCGGGUCGUCGAUUCCUAAAUCCGGUGCUGAGUAUACCUAUAUGAACGAGGCCUUUGGUCCGUUUGUGGCUUAUCUUCAAUUAUGGGUCAGUGUUAUCAUUGUAUCACCAGCAACAAUAGCGAUCGUUUCACAGACCUUCGCCGUCUACGUCAUCGUACCAUUUUAUCCAGAUUGUGUGCCACCGAGCUGGGUCGUGAUUUUGGUAUCAGAGGCUUGUAUUAUUUGUGUCUACACGUAUAACUGUGUGACUGUGCGCGGUGCAGCAUGGGUACAGAAUAUAUGCACGGUGUUUAAAGUCUUGGGAUUAGGAAUUAUCAUAUUGGUUGGUGUAGUACGGCUCUGUCAAGGUGAAACUCAAUAUUUGAACUUUGAUGGACCUGGCACAAAUGUAUUCAGAUUAUCACUGGCUUUUUUCAAUGGUCUUUACUCAUAUAUGGGAUGGUCGAUAUUAAAUGCUGUAACGGAAGAGAUGAAUAACCCCAAAAGAGAUUUUCCGAUAGCAGCAUCUUUUUCUAUGAUAACCAUUACUAUUAUUUACGUGAUGGCAAAUAUAUCCUACUUUACCGUAAUGUCACCGAUGGAGGUACUUCAGUCACCGGCAGUAGCUGUAACUUUUGGCGAUCAAGUACUGGGCAACUUUGCAUGGCUUAUGCCUGUGACGGUGGCUUUAUCAACGUUUGGUACAACUAAUGGAAGCGUGCUCGGAGUUUCGAGGUUAGUAUUCGUAGCAGCGAGAGAUGGGAUGCUACCGGAUCUACUUUCUAUGGUGAACAUCAGAUAUAACACUCCAAUGCCUGCCAUUAUUUCAGGGAUGAUACUGUCAGUAAUAUAUGGUUUGUACCCGGAUGUAGGUGUUCUCAUUAAUUACACGGGCUUCUCAUAUUGGUUAUUUGUUGGUAUUGUUGUAACCGGUCUCCUCUGGUUACGUUACAAACAACCAAAUAGGGAACGUCCUUUCAAGGUUCCUAUUGGGAUAGCAAUUUUCUUUGCAUUGUUUUGUUACUUUUUAGUGUUUUUAUCCAUAUUUAUUGCCACAAUGGAAGCAGUCAUUGGUACAGUCAUCAUAUUGACUGGCAUACCUGUUUAUUUUUAUGGUGUUGUAUGGAAAUCUAAGCCAAGGUGGUUAAAAAAUAUACUUGAUACCGGACUACGGUGUGGUCAGAAGAUGAUGCUCGUCGUUCGUCAAGAGAAAAAAACGUACUGA